AUGUUGAAACACUCAUUGCCAAAUGAUUACAAUGGAAGCAGGGUACUCUUAACCAGCAGAUUUCAGAAUUUGUCUUUGCAAAUUAAACCUGAUUGCAAGCCUCACCAUCUUCGCCCACUUACUGAUGAAGAGAGUUUGAAAUUGCUGCAAAAGAAGCUAUUUGCCAAAGAAAAUUGUCCUCCAACUUUAAGUGAAGUUGUACAGCACGUAGCAAAAUACUGUAAGGGCCUACCUCUUGCAGUUGUCCUUGUUGCUGGAAUUCUUGCUACUAUACAGCAAGAUUACUGGGAAGAAGUCACAAGAUGUCUAAGUUCCACCAUUUUUAUGGACAAUGAACACUGCAUGGAGACGCUUGAGCAUAGAUUCGUGCAAAAGAUUGCAGGAAAGAGUUUAGAGGAUGUGGUAGAUGGCUAUUUGAUGGAUCUGAUUGGGAGAAGUUUAGUUAUGCCUACACAAUGA